GACCGUGCGUGAGUUGGAGCUAGACCAGAUAACUGGGGCCCGGCUACCUCAGAGACCUCAUGCUCCCCGGCGCCAGCUUCCCCUGCAGCAUGUCCUCCCAAGGCUGGGCCCCCUAUUCCAGCUCGCCCUCCCGGGACAGAGGCUUUCUCCAGGGCCUGGCCAAGGGUCCUUCCUUCCUGGGGAGGCUUCAAUGCCGCCCGAGGGCAAGGUCUAUGGAGCUGCCUGGCGGCCCCCCCAAGGUCUGCCCUCCUUCCAGGGACCCUCAGGAGGAAGAGGGCCCAUUGAGGGCCACCUCUGAAUUUCUGGAUUCGGGGACCUCCUCCUUCCUGUGGUGUCCCCAAAGCCCCAGACCCCUAGACAGAUCGCCAUCCCCCAGCCUGCUGAGAGACAUCCAUCCCACCGAGCCCAGCCCGUUGUCCUGGGACCUCUUCGGCAAAAGCUCAGAUCCACUCCUCGGACGGCGGACUUCCCUGCCCCACCUCCUGGACUGGGCGGGCAGUGGGGUCCCCGGCAGGCCCCUGGCCCUCCAGAGCUGGAGCCGGUCGGAACAAGAUGUUCGGCCGCCAUCUUUGCUGGACGGUGUCCCUCAGCGGGUGGAGCUGGUGGGCCAGCUGCAGUCGGCCCGUGGGACCCCAAAGGAGCGGGCCCAGGAGACGCAGAGACUGGAGAAGGCUCUGGAGCUCAGUCAGAUCAAAUGUGAGCUGCUAGACCUGAGGCAGAAGCAGCUGAAGAGCUCCCUCGUUUGCCUGCAAUGGCAGAGAAGAGAACUAGAGAGCUCCAGGAGGCAGGAGCAACAGCAGGACAGAGAGCUGCACAGCAAAAUCCUGCACCUGCAGGCAGAAGUGAGCAAAGUCAAGUUGUGUUUGGACAGAAUGAGCCAGAAGCCACUGUUUGUGGAGGACCCAGAGGUGAGAAGGGCCAGAGGAAGCAGGGAGACCCCCUGCCCGAGGAAGCCGUCGCGUGUCCUGCGGGAGGGAUUUUUCCGAGAAGGAGCCGAGGGCCGGGGGUCUAUUCCCCUGGAACAAAGGGGCCGCCUCUCCGGGCGCAGGGCUAGUCGUCUGAGAGAGAAGCCAGGCCCGGGUGAUCAAGGACAGGAGUGGAACUCUGAUGCCAGUGAGGCUCUGGGGGAGGGGGAGGGCCUGCUGGAGGGCCCAAGGGCCUCUACCCCCCACAAGUCCUUCGAUGUGAUGCUCCUCCAAGAAGAGCUGGCGAUCAUCAAAGAGGUAACCGGCCUGGCUCCCUCUUCCUGGGCCCCCUGCCCUUCUCGGAACGUGACUUCCCGAGAACUCAGAGCCCAGAACCUCACAGCCAGAGCAGGCACAGAGAGCAGGAGGAGCAGUUUCCUUGGAGGAGCGGGAACGGGCCCUGAGGACCUCCUGGACCAGCCCACCAGUGCAGGAGAGAAGGUUUACGGCUGGGCCCAGGUCCCGGAGGCGGGCACCCGCUGGUGGGAGAAAAUGGCCCUGCUACGGUUUCCAGGGGCCUGGGGCGGGUGGCUAGGCCCUCCUGGCAGGGGAGUGAGGAGGAGCCGGCCGAAGGUCCUGGAGCAGGAAGAGCUGGGGGCCCCGGAGAUCGGAGGCCCGGUCCGCCCGCCCCCCGAGGGGUUGGAAGGGAGCCGGGGGGGCUGGACCGAAGGGGGCCCUCCGCCCCGGACCCCUGCCCAGGAGGCCCCAACAGGGGUCCGGGACCUCCCGGCAGCCAGGGGUCCCACCAAGGGCGCCCAUCCGGGCCUCACCUGUUUUGGGAAUGAGGGGGGUCCCCCACGACGGACGGGCCCCACCCCUCAGCGGGCUGGAGGCCUGGCAGAGAAGGGGAGGGCCCCGUCCCUGCAGGCCCAGCCCGGGGCCUGCAGAGGGGGCGUGCGAGGUCGGACCCCCAAGGCGGGCCCGGUCCCGGACCCCCCCAGGGGGCCUCAGCCCUGCAGGGCCCGCCGUCCCUCAGGAAGGGGUGUUUUCCCCUUUUUUUGGGUGUUUCCCCCUGUUUUUGGGUGUUUUGUUUUAUGGGGUUUUUUUUUCUUUUUUUUUUCCUGUGUUUUCCCUUGGGUUUGGUCCUCCCUGCCUCUCUCCCUCAUGGGCCCCCUGUCCGUCCUCCCCGCCUCCCUCUCUCCCUCAUGGGCCCCCUGUCCGUCCUCCCCACCUCAUGAGCCUUCCUCUCCCCAGCUCCGGGAGAGCAGAAAGGAGAACCUCAGUCUGGAGCUGCUGGUGACUUCCCUGCGACAGAAGCUGGAGGAGAAGCACCAGGUGGAGAAGCAGCGCAGGUGGGGAGGGUGUCUGGGGCCGGACCUGGGGCUGGGAUCAGCCAUUGGGGACCCCGGCCCUGGCUCCAGAGACCGUGGGCCCGAAGACUUGGCCUUUGCCCUCUUGGGAAGCUGCAGAACAGGCUUCGCCCUCUCCCUGCCCCCAAGGGCUCUCCUGACUCGUGGGGACAGAACGGGCAUUUUCCAGCCAAGUUGGGAGACAGAGCUGAUGCCCUCCGCCCUGCUCAAGAAGCUGCCUCCUCCCUCCCGGUCCGGCUUCAGCUGGCUGCUCUCAGAAGAGCUGAGGAGGGGACCCCAGGCUGGCUGGGAGGGCGUCCCCCAGGGCCACUGCUCUCAUUGCAAUGCCUUCUUGGAACAACUGCGCAAAGUGCUUCAAGGUUGGGAACCAUCUUCAAAACCACCGGAGGAGAAGCCGCAGCCGCUGAGGCAGCUGCAGAAAGUCCUGGAGGGCCCCAACAAGCAUGUCCCCAAGGGGGCCCGAGCUCCCCGGAACGACCUGAAGGACAUGGAGCGGGUGAGACAGCAGCACCGGCUGGUGACUGAGGAGCUGCAGGAUCUGUUUGGUGAGAAGCGGGAGAGGACCGUCAGGGCUGCCCAGCCCCCCAGGGAGUGGCCAGAGGGAAGCUCUGGGGAUCCGGGGGCCAAGAAGCCCCCUGUGGAGCAGGUAAACUGAGGUUCCGCUGGCAAACCCAGGAGCCUGCAGCCUUCCUCAGCUACAGUGUGUGCUGCAGAAAGGGCUCAGUCUGACUCUCCCACCUCCAAGACAGACCGGACAGCCGGCCAAAGACCCUUGUUUCUGAGCAGUUUUUCCUUCCCUGAGUGUAGGGAUCUUACUGGGGUGGAACUGGCAGACAGCAGCUGGGGCUUGGUCAGGAGUCUGGCCCCGGGUUCCAAGUCACUUCAGUUUCCAGGACUCCAUGGUCUUCCUCAGAAACGGUCCAAGGAUGCUUUGCCUGCAGCCCCAAGACUUUUUCCUUUGCUAAUCCCCAUGAACAUAACAGUACCUGUUUGCCAUCUUAUAUUUACUAAGCACUUUCUUCACUGCAGCUGAGGGGAGAUAAUAUCCCUAUUUUACGGAUAAGGAAACUGAGGCAGAGGGAUGUGAUUCAGUAAAUGUCUGAGGCAGGACUGGAGCCCAGCUGGUCUGAUCCCAGGCCAGAGCUCUUUCCAUGACUCCAUGCUGCUUUCUAAAGUUUUCUGAUCCUUCAUCCCUGCUCAAGGAUCAUAGAAAAUAAGUUAAGAGCUGGAAGGGAGGCUCCUCUGCAAGACCCACCCCCUCAUUUUGCAGCUGAGAAAGCUGAGGUGUCAUAGGGCCAGUGAGUGGUGCGAGGUCUCCUGAAGGGCAAGUGGAAGGGGCAGUCUUAGAACCCUGGUCUCUAAGUCAACUUUCCACUACCAGCAACUGAUCAAGAAGCAAUCAGGAAGCGUCUGUCCUGGAGAGUCUUCCAUCCCAGGGGGGGGAGCACAGGUCCCCAUCCAGGCCCCUUCUCCAUCCUUGGGCCUGCUUGGACCCGCUGGGUCCCCUCUUCUGCUGACGCUGGGACAAGAUGGCCCUUUCCUUUCCUUAAGCUAUCCCAACCACAGGGACUUCCCAAGGGAAAGGAGAUGAUCCUUCUGGAGAACCCUUCAGAGUCAGGAGAAUGGGAGGACUCAGCUGAUUCCCAUGAGGAAAUCUUGUCCUCAACAGCUACAAUGAUGGAAGUGGGAAGUAGCCCCCAAAGGAAACAAGGGGACGCUGGGAAUUAGGGGCAAAGAAGUCUCUGGGAGAGAGAAAAGCUGGGAAAAAACACUUCCCCCUUCCUCUACAGAGGAGGGGGAUGCUGGGGGUGGGGGUGGGGAAACUGCCAAUAGAGUAAUGCACCCCCAAAGUGCCAGGGAAGUUAGCAACUCUGGCUCCCUUCAUAGGCAUUCAUGGGUUUGGCAGAGCCCUGACUACCUGCUGCCUUGGGGAAGGGGUUUGAUAUGAAUGGAAGUAAGGAGAGGUGGUACUCGAGCCUUGGGGGUGGUGAGAAGCCCUCUGGCCAGGAUGGGGCAGAAUGAGUCCUGUGGAGAAGAUUGACUGACAGCUUCCAGAUUUGUCUGGGCUGUCCUCCUCAAGGUGCAGUCCCAAGGAAUGGAGAUUUAUUUAUCCCCCCACCCUCCUCUAUCCUUUCUUCCUGACAUCUCUUCUUCCUCCAUCCUAAUAAUAAUAUGCUUUCAUUUUAUGUUAUACUAAUAAAUCAUGCUAAUAGUUAGCACUUAUAUAGCACUUCAAGAUUUACAAUGUGCUUUGCAAACAUCAUCUCAUUUUAUUGUCACAGCCACUUUGGCAGAAUGGCACUAUAACCAUUCCCAUUUUUACAGAGAUUGUAAGAGAAGCAAUCAGAGAUAAAAUGAUUUAUCCAAAGUCACAUAGCAACUAACUAGUGUCCGAGAUCGCAUUUCAAUUUCUGUCUUGUGACUUCGGGGCCAGUGCUCUUAUCCAUUGCCCCUCUUACCAGGCCAAGAUUUUUUUGGAGACCAACAUCUCUCUGUCUCCCUCCACCGACCUCUCUGGCUACCUUCCACCCUGGGAGGAUGUGAGAAA